CUUGAAGUGCGCGUUCGUAUAUAUAGAUAAAGUGAUGGUUAUUACGCCCAAGUAAAUUGUGAUCUGAACCCAAUGAUAAUACAGUUUAAGAAACACCGGAGAAAACUGUACUCUUUAUCUUAGCGCCUUCGUUAGACAGUGAUAUUUUCUCGCCAGUAAUACCACUAUUAUAAGUUAACCAAAGUGUUGAGAAUCGGCGUUUUCUACACCACCUUGAAGAUGGGGCACUCGGUGUCUAAAACGCUUUUCUGCAUCGGAGGGAAGGAAGUCAAGGAACCUUCUCCUUCAAAGUCUUCCCCGCGCUCCCUGACAACCGCCACGAUGGUGUCAGCCGAGGUGGCCACUGCCAACGGCGACGCGUCCAGUGCCUCCCUGAAUAGCGGCGUGCGUGCUCCUUCCAUCACCAUUCUGCACUUCAACGACGUGUACAAUGUGGAGGAGCAGAGUACCGAGCCGAAGGCGGGGGCGGCGCGGUUCAAGACGGCGCUGCAGAGCUUCGCCGACAGGGACCCGCUGGUCCUGUUCAGCGGCGACAUCCUUGCGCCCUCCAUCAUGAGCUCUUUCACGCAAGGGGAGCAGAUGGUCCCUGUUAUGAACCAGUUUGGGAUCCACUGUGCCGUCUUCGGGAACCAUGAUUUUGAUUUUGGCUUGGAGCGUCUGAUUGAUGUUGCCAGUCGCACAAAUUUCCCCUGGCUGAUGAGCAAUGUGGAUGACAAUGAGACGGGCAAACCUCUGGCCGAUGGCAUUGUCUCGCAUGUUAUGGAGUGGCACGGCUGGAAGAUUGGGCUGAUUGGCUUAGUCGAACAGGAAUGGUUAGAGACUCUAGCUACUAUUAAUGCUGAGCAAGUGACCUUCACAGACUACGUGGACAAGGGCAGAGAACUUGCCAACAUGCUCAAGAACCAGGGCUGUGACUAUGUUAUUGCAUUAACGCACAUGAGGACGCCCAAUGAUAUCAGACUAGCAGAAAAUGUAGAUGAAAUUGAUCUUAUUCUAGGUGGUCAUGACCAUGUGUAUGAGAUUCAGAAGAUUAAUGAUAAAAUCAUUCUGAAAAGUGGCACAGACUUCAGGGAAUUUUCAGUUGUUACACUAAAUGAGGAAGGAUCCUGCGUCGGAGUGGAUAUUCAGAAGGUUGAGGUUAACUCCAGUUUCGAACCUGAUUCGGAUCUUAAGGAAGCAUUAUCAGAGUUUGAAGAUGUGGUCGGUGAGAAGAUGGAGGAACCUCUUGGCACGUUCAGUGUUGACCUGGAUGGACGGUUCUCCUCAAUCCGCACAUCGGAAACAAACCUUGGCAACUUUGUUUGUGAUAUAAUGAUGGCAGCUACCAAUGCUGAUGUGGCAAUUCUCAACUCUGGCACCCUAAGGUCUGACAGGAUCCAUUCAGCAGGGGAGUUCAAGAUGCGUGAUUUGAUGACGGUUUUACCCAUGUUAGAUCCACUUUUAGUUGUAGAAAUCACAGGAGAAAAACUGCUAGCAGCUCUUGAAAAUGGAGUCUCACAAUAUCCCAAGUUGGAGGGUCGUUUUCCCCAAGUCGCUGGCAUUCAGUUUGCUUUUGACCCUAAUGCUGAACCAGGAUCGAGGAUCAUCCGUGAUGUUGUCAAGGUUGGAGAUGAAUAUUUAGACCCUGCAGCUAAUUAUCGACUGGUUGUGAAAGCUUACAUGUACCAAGGACGAGAUGGGUAUCAAAUGCUGACAGAAUGUCCUAUUGUGCAAGAUGAAGAGCAGUGUCCCAUGUUAUCAACAGCUGUCCAGAACCACUUCACUGCCAUUAAAACUCGACUAGGCAAAUCACGACGCAACUCUACGCAUAGACAGUCUCUUGUCCUAUUGUCUAGAAGACACAGUCUCAUCCGACAUGACGAUGAGCUCCCCGCGGCUGCCAGACCCUCGUCACGCUCUUCCAUUGGUCGGUCAAUGUCCACAGAUUCUGCUCUGUCCACUGCCUCCUCAGGCUCUGUCCCCUCUGUCUCAGGCAGGCGAUCAAGAGGCAGUCUUUCCCGUCAGGAGAGCGUCCAUGAGCUGGAAGACAUGGCUUGCAAGCUUACUCCGAAGGUUGAUGGCAGAAUACUUGUAGCUACUGAUGAGGUUGUGGAAAACCUGCGGCAGAAACUAGCACAAAGGAGUGUGUCGGUGAUUGAAGAAGAGGAUGAACCAGCGACACCACAAACUCCAAAGAAUCCAGAGACAUCCUUAGAGCAAUAAACUACAUAGAUUAUAUUGUGUUAGGAAAUUAAUUAAUAAUGGCUUGAAAUUUUUAAGAAAUGAUUAUUACUAUGUCAUGGCUAUUAUAUCCACGGAAAGGAAGAUAUUAAAAGCAGCUGGCUGCAAGACUUCAUCUGUUCAUUGAGAGAGAGAGAAAAAUGCCCUUUAUUCAUGUGAAGAGUUUGUUUGUUAAGUCUAAUAA